AUGAAAUUGAAUAUAUGGUUGCAUAUACGAUUAUUUUGACAAUUUUUUCUGAAUUUGUUUAAAACUCACUGUCGAAAGUAACUGUUGCAGAUUUUAUAUUAAAACGUGAUGCUCUCAACAAAAUUGGCAUUGACACGGUUGAGCAAACGUUGGGUCGCGAAAUUUACGGCGACAGCCAGACUGAGUAGCUCGGGCGUUGUAGAUCCUCCGGACGAAUUCAUUAUCAAUAUCCCCGAGCAGAAAAAGAGGGAUAACGAGAGCCCAGAACAGCAGAAAGCCCGGCUUGUUUAUCAGUCGCGUAAGAGGGGUAUGCUGGAAAAUGAUCUUUUGCUCAGUACCUUCGCCUCCAAAUAUUUAAGUACUUUCACUAAAGAACAAGUCGAUUGCUAUGACAAGCUGAUUAACACACCAUCCAACGAUUGGGAUAUAUAUUAUUGGGCGACGGAGAUAAAACAGAUCCCGAAGGAAUACGACACUGAGGUUAUGCGAUUGUUGAAGCAGCAUUGCAAGAACCUGAACAGGGAGCCCCGAAUAAGACAGCCAGAUUUGUACUAAAGUUUUUCUAAUGUAAUUUGUCCUUA